AACGUCGGGGUUGUGAUGCUGUGAUGCUGGCCAACCCCGAAGCGCAUCACAGCUUCCCCGGCUCCCUCCCUUCGUUGCAUCGCCACGCCUUACCACGCAUCACUGCUUCUCUCGCUGCGCUGGACAGAGUCUCUCACUCCCCACCCCGACUCGCUACGAUUUCAUGUUCACCGUCGUCGAUUUCCUAUCCUGUGGUUCUAAAGUCGCCGCUUACUAGCGACUCGUAUCAGGUAGCGCUUUGAGUUAGCGUUCCCCUUCGUCGAAUAUAGGCCAUGGAUCCCACUCGUGGAACGGACGCUGCUGUCGCUGCUCACAGUUCCUUUGAUAAACUCCCUGACGAUUUACUUGUUCACUUAUUUCGGUGCGUCGAACAAGGUUUAAUCUCCUCACCACUGCAGCAACCGCCGAUGGCGUCAGCAUCAUCACCAUCGGUAUCUUCCAGCACCUCCUUCUCCUUCUCCUCUUCCUCCUCUUCCUCCUCCCGAGGCACCCUCGCGCUCGUGUGUCGCCGGUGGUUUCGACUCGCGUGCGGCACGAUCAUGUCUCUCGACCUCUCGCGCCGUCAGGGAAUCUCCGCGUCGCAGCUCUUCAGCACCGUCACCCUCGCGCCCAAUCUCACGUCUCUUCAGGUCGCCCUUUCCGGCACAGACCUUAUCACGGACGCCUUCAUCGCGCUGAUCGCACAAGUGUGUCCCCGCCUCGAGCGCCUGUCGCUGUUCGACAACCUGCGCUAUGGUGGUGCUGAGCACCACGUGUGGACGUCCAACGGGCUCGAAUCGCUCUUCCAGAGGUGCACGCAGCUGAAGGAUCUCUCGCUUGCCUGCUCGCCCUCCGUCACCCAUCUCCCUGCAAGCAUUUCCCAACUGGCUGGGCUCGAGCGGCUCCAGAUUUUCUCAAGGCUCAUUGUCAACCUGCCAGAGGAGAUCGGAGGGCUGCAGGCGCUGAAGGCCCUCCACGUGAACGCACCUCGACUCACAGCCCUGCCCGACAGCCUUAGUGACCUCUCCAAUCUGCAGGAGCUGUCGCUCGAAGGCUGCUCGGAUCUGACAUCGGUACCUGACGCUGUCUUCAGCUGCACCACCCUGGAGUCUCUGGACCUCGACCUGCCGAACCUGGCCAGGCUGCCGGAGAGUAUGAGCCAGCUGCAGAGCCUGCGGCGUCUCAUUGUGGACAGGGGCUUCAGGGCUCUAAGGCUCCCCGCGUCCUUCACGCUGCUGUGUGCCGUCGAGGAGCUGACUCUGGACGUGUGCCUCCAGCAGCUACCGGAAGGCUUUGAGACUCUCACCAGUCUGCGAAGGCUGGAGCUGAAAUGCUCUGAGCUCACUCACCUCCCUUCCUCUCUGCCGCAGCUCUCCCUCCUUGAACACCUUGCGAUUGUUGGAUGCAAUCAGCUGGUGCCUCUGCCAGACACCAUAGGGCAGCUGCCAGCACUCAGGGUGCUCCGCCUCUCCUGCUUGGACAGUCUCGAGAGCCUUCCGGAUUCCGUUGGCCAGCUGCAGCAGCUGCGAUCGCUCACAAUCGAAUUCUGUGAUUGGCUCCACGUGCUGCCAGAGUCCCUGGUGCUGCUCAGUGCCUUGGAGACACUCAAGAUUCUCUACUGCCGAAGCCUCUCCUCCCUACCCGGAGGCAUGCACCUCUUGACGAGCCUUCAGCGGCUGGAACUCUGCGAGUGCCCCGAGAUCUGUGAGCUGCCUGACAGCAUCUCUCUCUGCAAAGCCCUUGAGUGUGUUUCCAUUGUGGAGUGCCCAGCUCUCACAAGCAUUCCUGUAGGGAUUCGGCACCGGGUUAGGAUGUGGUGCUGCAGUUGAUGAUGUGUGAUGUUCGUAAGGUACAGUGUAGUAGCUGCAAAAUGAUAGUCAAGGGUGGAGAUUAUAACGGAUUUAUAGUCAACUUAUACAUAUGUUUGUAUGUAGAAGUUAAUAGGCUAGAUAGGGUUGUGUUCCUAGAGGGUAUAACUCCAAUCGU